AUGGCGGACAGCGCCGCGGCCACCGCCGCUCCUCGGCCCGGCGUGAAGGGCUCGGCGGCGCCCUGGUGGAAAUCGCUGACCAGCAAGAAGAAGCACAAGGAAGCGGCGGCAGCCCCGCCGCACCCCGUCUCCAGCGAGACCCCCGCCGACACCCCUAGCCCCGACGGCCGGGAGGAGCAGCCCCCUCCCCUCGGCAGCGCCGACGCCGCGGGGAGCGGGGUCGGCAACCGGCGGAGCCUCCGCGUGUCCCACUCGGGCCGCUUCAAGGAACGGCGGAAGGUGCGCACCUCGCUGCUGGCCGACAGCCCCGAGGUCUUCGACGGCGGCGGCGCCCCGGGCCAUGCCACCCAAGGGGCCGAGUAG